AAAUCAUUGAAACCCACAACUGUUGAAUAAGAGAUGGCACCACAAGCAGCUUUAGCUGCAGCUGAUUGGCUACGAUUAAGUUGUGUGUUCACUCUCUUUCUUCUCUUCAACACUGCUGAAUCAAAGUCGAUUGUCAAGGAACUACCCGGGUAUUCGGGUAAUCUCCCAUUUAAACUUGAAACUGGAUAUGUAAGUGUGGGAGAAAAGGAUGAUUUGCAGCUAUUCUACUAUUUCAUUGAGUCAGAGAGUAACCCUGUCAAAGACCCUCUUGUUCUUUGGAUCACUGGAGGCCCUGGUUGUUCUUCUUUCUCUGGUCUUGUUUACGAAAUCGGUCCUUUAGCUUAUAAUGUUCCAGCUUUCAAUGGGAGCUUACCGACGUUCCUUCUGAAUCCAUACUCAUGGACAAAGGUCGCAAACAUUAUAUUCUUAGACAUACCUGUUGGCACUGGCUUCUCCUAUUCAACUACCUUGGAAGGUUACUAUUCCUCACACACAAAAACAGUGAAAGAUAGUUAUAGUUUUCUUAGGAAGUGGUUGUUGGAUCACCCCAACUUUUCCAAACAUAACCUUUACAUUGGUGGUGACUCCUACUCGGGCCUACUUGUUCCAAUGAUUGUUUCAGAAAUAUCAAACGGCAACGAUGAAGGAAACGUGCCACGCAUGUCUCUCCGGGGAUAUGUGCUUGGAAAUCCAGUUACAGAUACACACAAUGAUGUAAACACAAGAAUCCCAUAUGCUCAUCGAAUGGGACUUAUAUCAGAUGAAUACUACGAGGGAGCCAAAAGUAGCUGUCAAGGUGAAUAUGUCGAUCCAGAUCCGAACAAUGCACAAUGCAUCUAUUAUCUUCGACUUAUUGAAGAGUGCACAGGCAAAUUAAAUGAGCCUCAAAUUUUGGAACCUAAAUGUGGUUCGCCAUGGGGUCAUAGAUUUUUUGAAGACAUUUCGUCGGAUGUUCUCUUCUUAUCGUCUCAACAAGAGGAAAUGUGGUGCAGGAAGUAUGAAAAUAUUCUCUCUUAUGUUUGGGCAAAUGAUCCAACAGUCCAACAAGCUCUUCAUAUUCGAAAUGGAACAAAAACAGAAUGGAGGAGGUGCAAUAAGACCUUAGCUUUCGAUGAAGAUGUAACAAGUGUUGUCGAGUAUCAUCAAUUUCUUAGUAGGAAAGGAUAUCAAGCAUUAGUUUACAGUGGUGAUCAUGACAUGGUUAUUCCAUACAUUGGUACAUUAGAAUGGAUAAAGUCUCUUAAUCUAACUGUCAAUGACAAUUGGAGACCAUGGUUUGUCAAUGGUCAAGUUGCGGGAUUCACAGAAAAGUACAGGCAUUAUGAGUUUGCUCUAACAUUUGCAACCGUAAUGGGAGCGGGUCAUACAGCUCCACAGUACAAGCCUAAGCAAUGUUUUGCCAUGGUUGAAAGGUGGUUCUCUCAGUAUCAGUUGUAACUUACCAAAACAUGUCACCUAUUUUAUUCAGAAAAUAAAUGUUUUACAAUGGAGAAAAUCUCAUGUAUGUUUAAUCAAUGAAUUUCAAAGAAUGUCGGUGUUAUUGAGCAAUCAUAACAUCUACAAAAUUUGACUGUUGUGAGUACAGUUUUUG